UGUUGUUCGAGGACAACUCGGUCAACCGGAUGCACGAAUCGUUGGAGCUCUUCACCGAAGUAGCGGGGAACCCCAUAUUCGAGAAGACGCCAAUUUUCGUCUUUUUGAACAAGAAGGAUCUCUUCGAGGAAAUGAUCGUAACAAAGAGCCUCAAGAAGUGCUUCCCGGAGUAUGAUGGUCCAGACGGAGAGGCCAUGCCAGCUUUGAGGUUCAUUGAACAGAAGUAUAAGCAGGCAAUGCUGAGCAAGGUCCCGGGGAAGGACGUCACUGUGCACGUUAUCGCGGCAAGAGUUAGAAUGGACAUGAAGAUCGCUUUUGGGGAGGUGAAGGACGAGAUUCGGCGCUCCUUUGACUCGAAGUCGGCUAGACGCAAGUCAUUUUCGAAGCUGGGCUCGCCUAGAGCAGCGAUAGAACGGCUCCAGAAAAUUGGUUCCCCGCUAAAUUCAAGAUAAGACAAGAGAUAGGCAUGGUGUGGAGGGAAAUGUCGUCGAUAUAGUUCUUGCGUUAGUCGUGCGGGCGAAUGGGGGGACUCGCGUCUUCCUGAUGUACGGAACACGCCUAGAUGUAUGUAGUACUAAAUAACCCUGCUGAAG